CGAACGUUAAAGCUGACCCACAUGUCCUACUUUCCACGACAGUGCGACCUCGUAAAAAUGCUUGAGGUUAUGACGCGAUUUCCACUUGUUUGACGAUAGUAAAUAAAAUCGAGUGAAUUACUAAAAACCGAUAAAAUUAUCACCCGGAGAAGUUCUCAGUGUUCAGUGCGAGGAUUAAGUGCCGGUGAUGGAUCACCCUGGCCACGUGAAGAGCCAGCAGAAGAGGUAGAAGAGCCAAUUAUAUCACGAUUCUAACCUAAGGACCAUGACCUCCUAUUCCCCUCCACUGCUUUGAUAACAAAUUGCAAUCAAGUUGACGAAAAUAAUAGCAAAGUACCUUCUGUGAUACCGGUGAAUUUAUGAUGCGGACGACGAUUUUGCUAUGAUGAAGAGGAUUAAAAUGGAACCGGAGACAAUGUUGACGCAGGAGGAUGACAUCAUGGCUCAGCUGCACCAGGAGAGCUCCGAUCUCGAGGUAGAGCCGAGCUUUGCGUUGGAGAGCAACAAUGGCGAGGACAACACUGAGGGGGUGCUUAUGCAGCAUAUGGAUAUCAGGGAGCCUCUGUCGACUCUGAGGAAUUUACUCGAGCAGAGACUCGGGGUAGAGCUGACUGACUACUCUUUCUGGCUUCAAGAUGCACAAAUGUUGGAGAGCCAUAAAAACUUAGUAGACCAAUGCGUCCAAGGCGAAGGUCUAGUCCAGGUUAACGUCCAGAUAAGGGCCCCCCAGAGGAGGAUAAAUAUAGUGGACGUGUUGAAACCAGCGGAGGACUACGUUGAGAUACCAGAGGCACCCCCAGCAGCUCCCCAGCCAGAUAAUAAACAGAAUAUCAUCAGGUGGUCGGUGGAUGCUCAAUACAAACAGGAACAGGAGCGUUUGAAAAUCCCAGCGGACCCUAGGAGCUGGACCCAGACGCAUGUGAAGCACUGGCUCCAGUGGGCAGUCAGGCAGUUCAACCUGGUUUCCCUCCGGUUGGCCGAUUGGAACAUAACUGGGGCGCAAUUGUGCGACCUCACGCUGGAAGAGUUCCAGGCUAAGGUCCCUCUCGACCCUGGUGAGGUCUUUUGGACACACCUGGAGCUGUUGAGACAAUGUAAAAUUGUUGCUGUCGUACAAAAGGAGACAAAAUUGGAAGAGUUGUCAGAGGAAAAAUCCAUUAAAAUGCGCACCAAUGCAAAACCGUCAAAAGCUCGUGUGAUGAGUCAGCACACACGUCUCGUGGGUGUACCAAUGCAGGAAUCAUCUCAUACACCACUAAUAACAUCAAGUCGCACAGUGAACAGCGGACAAAUUCAGCUGUGGCAAUUUUUACUCGAAUUACUGACAGAUCGUGAGCACAGAGAUGCCAUAAGAUGGGUGGGGAGUGAUGGAGAAUUUAAGCUGAAUCAGCCGGAAGCGGUGGCACAACUGUGGGGAGCACGUAAGAACAAACCCUCAAUGAAUUACGAAAAAUUGAGUCGUGCACUGAGGUAUUAUUACGAUGGGGAUAUGAUAUCGAAAGUUCAUGGCAAGAGAUUCGUUUACAAAUUUGUUUGUGAUUUGAAGCAACUCCUGGGGUACUCGGCUGCUGAGCUCAGCAGGUUGGUUGAAGAGGGCAAGAGAUAUUUUUGAUUAAUCUACAUUGAUAGAUUAUUAGGGAAGGGAUUUUAGAGGAAUAUUUCAACAUAUUUUUUCAUUCAAAAGUCCUCCAUUGGGGAGAAAAAUUAUGUAGCAUGUUUUUCGCAUUAUUUUUGGUUAAUUAAUUAAUUUCUUUUCAUUCGGGGAAUUUUGAUUGCCUCCACCAUAAAUAAUUUCAGAAGAACAAAAGGAAAUAUUGUUUUUGUUGAACGUUUUAAGAAUUAUGGCGAAUAUUUGUGUUUUUUUUUAUUCUUCGUCGCUGAGACGGGGAAAAUGUGAAAAGAUAUUUUUACUUAAACAUUUAUUUUUAAAAUUACGAAUGAAAUAAAUUCUAAUUUUUGAUUGGAUAUUUUAAUUAUAUAAAUGAGAGCAUCACGAACUCAGUUACCUGCUCAACAAUUCGAAGGUGUGCAGCACCCAUUGCAUUUCUAUGUUUUUAUAGCAUUGUAAUACAUCUGCGACUUGAAAGUGUUUACAAGUUAAGAAUAGAUAUUGUAUAAUCACAAUAUUUUCACUCGUUUAUAUGUUACACUGGAUCUUUCCCUCUCUUGUACAUAAGAACUGUCAAAUAGAAUAAGGACUUGGAUAAAUAACAAUUUUCUCAACAAA